CUUUCUUUUUAAGAGGAGAGAAAGAAGAAGAAAGGUUUUAGAAAUGGCGGUUCCAAUUUCUUCCAUUGGAACAUACAGAUGACUUUUUCGAGCCAUUCAAAGCCUUCAUCAACGCCAAUUCUUUGUUAUUGAUUGAAUAUGACUUCUUCAAUUCUCCUCCACUUUGAAUUCAGGCCACAAAUGGUGAUCGCUAUGGCGCUCGAUUUCCUUCUCCCGUCUUGGUUGGAGAUCAAGAUCACUCUCGCUACUUCUCUCUUUGUCGUCUUCGCUUACUGGUUUUUUGCUUACUGGAGUGGGUUAUUUGAUGCUGAUCGUUCUGUGGUUGAUGGUUCUGGAGAUGGUAUUCAUGUUAAGGACAAGAUUCCCCCUGGUCAUUUAAGAGACCUUCAAAGUAAUUCUGCUUAUCUAAUUAAGCUGGAAUUGUUGGCUGCAAAGAAUCUUAUAGCUGCAAACUUAAAUGGCACUUCUGAUCCUUACGCUAUCAUUACCUGUGGUACAGAAAAGCGUUUCAGUUCAAUGAUUCCUGGUUCAAGGAAUCCCAUGUGGGGAGAGGAGUUCAAUUUUUCCGUUGAUGAGCUUCCUGUGCAGAUUCAUGUUACAAUUUAUGAUUGGGAUAUAGUUUGGAAAAGUGCUGUUCUUGGUUCUGUUACUGUUACAGUUGAAAAUGAAGGCCACACAGGUGCUGUGUGGUACACAUUGGAUAGUACUUCUGGGCAGGUUUGUCUCCACAUUAAGACCAUAAAAUUGCCAGUGAAUGCCGGAAGCACAGUUAAUGGUUAUGCCGGAGCAAAUGCUCGAAGAAGAAUUUCUUUAGACAAACCAGAGCUGACAGUGGUACAUCAAAAGCCGGGGCCUCUUCAGACAAUCUUUGAGCUUCUACCUGAUGAGAUUGUUGAGCAUAGUUUUUCUUGUGCGCUUGAGAGAUCAUUCUUAUACCAUGGUCGUAUGUAUGUCUCUUCUUGGCACAUUUGCUUCCACUCUAACAUCUUCUCCAAGCAAAUGAAGGUGGUUAUACCACUAGGAGAUAUUGAUGAAAUACGAAGGACUCAACAUGCAUUUAUCAAUCCUGCUGUAACAAUUAUUCUUCGCAUGGGUGCUGGUGGGCAUGGUGUACCUCCGUUAGGAAGUCCGGAUGGUAGGGUCAGAUAUAAAUUUGCAUCAUUUUGGAAUAGGAACCAUGUGGUUAGAGCUUUACAGCGCUCAGUGAAUAACUUCCGUGAAAUGCUGGAAGCUGAGAAGAAGGAAAAGGCUGAGUCAGCACUACGUGCACAUAGUAGCUCUGUCAGAGUAAGUGAAAGUAAGGAAAAGAUCCCCGCUGAUGAUUUGCCCAAAAGUAAAAAUACUCAGACUCAGGCAUUCCUUAAAGAGGAGGUUCUUACAAGCAUACACAAUGGUGUUUUCCCGUGCUCUCCUGAGCGGUUCUUUUCUACGCUGUUGAGUGAUGGAUCAGGUUACACAAGUGCUUUUGUAGCAAGAAGAAAAGAUUCAAAUCUAGUUAUGGGACAAUGGCAUGCUGCAGAUGAAUAUGAAGGUCAAGUCAGAGAGCUUACGUAUAGAUCCCUGUGUCAUAGCCCCAUGUGUCCACCAGACACAGCGAUGACAGAGUAUCAACAUGUAGUUUUAUCUGAAGAUAAAAAGAAAUUGGUAUUUGAGACUGUACAGAACGCCCAUGAUGUGCCAUUUGGGGCGAACUUUGAGCUCCACUGUAGGUGGUCGUUGGAGAAGAAUGCUGAAGACUCUUCAUCUGUUGAUAUUAAAGCGGGUGUACAUUUCAAAAAAUGGUGUCUGAUGCAAUCCAAAAUAAAAGCUGGAGCAAUGCUUGAGUACAAACGAGCUGUGGACCUGAGGUUAGAGGUUGCCCUUGAAUAUAUGAACUCGAUUACUUCUGGAAAUGAAACCGACAAAGUCGCAUCGGCUCCAUCGGAAGCUCAAAGCUCUUGAUGAUUUCCACCAAGCUCGAUCGACGUCCAACCAACUUCGGCAAGAUCAUUCUUCACUCUCCCUUUCUCAGUUUGUGUUAUAGAAGGAGACCAACUUUGAAGAGUGAGAUCAAACGAGAAAAGGGAGAGAGUAGAGCCAUAUGAGAGAAGGGAUAGAAGGUAAUUUUACUUGGAGUUGUGUCGGUAAAGGAUGAAAAACUCAUAUUCGAAAGAUGGGGCAAAUCUCAUUCUUUUCUUCCCAAUUUGGAUCUUUUCUACAAAAUCCCCCAACAAAAGAAACUUUGCUAAUUGAAGAAACAUACAAAUACAAUCAUGUCAAAUUAUUUGCAAAUAUAACACAAUGCAUAAUACAACUAACAAUAUCACCGGUAGGAAUCUAUCAACAAUAGAUUUUGCUAUAUUUACUAUUUUUUUAAAUAUUAUUAUACGUGAAAUUCUUUAUAAUCAUCCUAAAAUGUUCAACUACGUAUUCAUUCCUGUCAUAUUAAAAAUAAUCAUAAUAGAAAUUAGGACAAAUCAUAAUUUAAAAUUUCUACUCUGUAAACCAUCAUUUAAGUUCUAAUCAACUCCUCACAAUUUAUUUAGCAAUGAAAAAAAACAUUCAUAGAAAAGCAUUAAAAAAGAAUGUUACAUUAUAGAAUACAACAAAUUUGUGAUUUUUCUAAAAAAAUAACAUACGGUUGCUGAUGCAAAGGCAAUAUCUUAUGAACUUUUUGGAGGUAAUGGGUUCUUAAAAUGGGAGAUAGAUUAAAGGAACAACUUUCAACUUUAGCCUUAUGGGAAUUAUUAAUGUAAUUAACUAAUAAUGUUUACAAACUUUUGUAAUUUUAAUCUAAUUUAAUAUAUGUAUUAUUGAACAUAAUUAUCCGACAAGCAUAAUAAAACAUCAUUAACGUAAUCUAGUUGCUAAUAUCUUGUCGGGACAGAAAAGGGAAAAAAAAAGAGAGAAAAGAGGAAAGUUGUUCAUAAAUUCAACCAUUCGAUUAGAACAACAAUUAUAAAAUAAUUCCUUGUUUUAAGAUUUAAUUUUUAGAGAUUUAUAUAUGUUUGUUUAUAUGAUUGAAAUAUUCAAAUUUAUGUCUUUUUCA